UUAUUUAAUAAGAUUGUUGUUAGAAAUAGUUGUUAAAAAAGAAUAUUUGUUAAUAACAGCUAAAAAUUAUAAUUAAUUUUAAACAAGUAAAAUAUUUCUAAUAUAGAUAGAUAGAUGUCUAUAUAUAGCGGAUUCAGUACGAGGAAGCAAGAAUAUGAAUAUAAUAUUUGUGUUGAUUAAAUUUUAUCGCUUCUCUCAACUCGUACUAUAAAGCAUAUUUGUGGAGAAAAAGUCGAUGAGGACAAGUUUAGGAAAAUCUUUAAAAAGCUUUUUAAAAUACUACAAAAAAUGGAGGUUCAUAAAUAUUUAAAUCCUAAAUUUUCGGAAACUUUGUCAUCUUUGGGAAGAGUAUUGAAGAUUAAAAUAUUAGAUCCAUUAAAGAUAUCAGCAAAAGAUUCAAAGACUGACUUACGAGAGUUUGGAGUUAAAUCUACUUAAUAGCAACAAAAUAAUUUAGUGGUUAUAAAUAACUAAUAGUAAGGGGGCAAUAAUGUAAAUAAUAUUCAUCUUAUAAACACUACAACAAGAUGCAGUAGUGUUAACAAAGAUAUGCCAAGUAAUAGUUUCCAUCAAAGACCAAUGAGCAUGGAAAUGAGGAGCAGAGCAACAUAUAGUAAGAGAUACAUUCCUUAAAGCUAAUAGGGAAUUUUACCAAUUAAAGAGAAUAUAAAAUACUCAAAUUAGCACUAAAUAUUAAUUAACAAUGUAAUAAAUGUUAAUAAAUAAGAAGAAGAUCCUCAAUAGAGUAAUUUAAAUAAACUUUAUCAACCUCCUUCGACAGCCAACAAUUAAAAAUCUUCACAAUUCAAUAUUGUUUCAGAAGAAAAAACUUAAGUAAAUACUUCGAAUGGUGAGCUCUUUAAAGAAAAUAAUAAUAAAGAAGAAGAUUUAUUUACCCUUUCAUAAGUUACGAAUAAGAAAUACAUUGGAUAGGCAGAUGAAUUAGGGGAGAAUAAAGAAAAUGUAGCAUCUUCUGUUUAAAAAUAAGUGUAGAAUAGUAAAAAAUUAAAUUAAAAUAGCAAAAUAGAUGAAAAAUAAAGGUGUAAAACUCCACCUUCUCAGCAUACUUAAUAAAAUCAUUUACUUAACUUACAAAAUCAUUCAAAAAAUGAAGGCUUAAAGUAAAUUUCUUAAUAUGAAAGUUAAAAUAAUAGUGAACUUUAAGAUUCAGAUGGUAUAAAUAAAAAGAUAAAGAAGGGUAGGUAUUUAAAAUAAAAUAACGAUAGUUUAUAAUUAAGAAGAGAGAGUUAAACAUAGGCUAUCCCUAAAAAUUUAGAAAUUGGAGUUAAUAAUUACAAUACGCCAAAUACGGUAAUAACUACUGGAGGAGAAUAUACCCAAAAAAAUUAAAUUCCUUAACAAACUAGAAAAAGAAGUUCAAAAUCAAUAAGAGCUUAACCGAGGCUACCUCUAUCUAUAAACUAAAAUGUCCAAGUUAAAAAUUAAAAAGAAUCUGAUUCGUCUAAAAGCUUAUAGUAAUACGAGUCUCCUACAAAAUAAGAUCUCAACUAUAAUUCGUUUUAUGUAGAAACUUCGAGUAUUAAAAAUUUAAAGAAAAACUUAAUUUCACAUUAAAAUAAACAGCUUAACAAUUCUGGUAAAAAAUAUGCUCAUAAUUAAAUUCAUAUCCUUUAGGAAAUAUCAAUUAACAAUUCAUCAACUCAGCCGAAUUCUAAUGCUAAAAAUUUCUAGUUUAAUGACAUGUAUUCGAAGCAAAUGUCUUCUAAAAAUAAAUAAAAUCUCAGUCCAAAUUCAUUUGCAUAAAACGUACGUCAAUAAAAUUUUAAAAAUGGAGAAUCCAACGAUUCAUCUUAAAACUCAACUAUUCAAUAAAUAAUCUAUAAUCCAACAGAUAAAUAAUAACAAUAACAGCAAAGCAAUAUUUAUUCCUCACAAUAAUCAUCUAAAGAACAAACUAUUAAUAACGACUCUUCAUUUAAAGAGUUUCUUUUUAAUAGUUAAAAGUAAGAAUAAUCCGAGACUUAAUUCAGAAAUCGUAUGUUGGUUUAGAAUUUGAACAUUCUUAAAGAAGACAUAGAAAAAUAGUAAAUUCAAACCAGAUCUUAAUCACUUUUGUUAUAAUAGCAAAAUUAUUUAUUAGAAAACUCUGCUGCAGGUUUAAGUAAGUUAACCCCAUAGAAUAAUACCUUAAAAAAUAGAGAUGCAUAAGAUAACACUGAACCUAAAAUAAUAUAACCAACUCAUUUAUAUAACCCAUUUUAUAAAUAACAAAAUGCACAAUAGUCUCCUAGAUUUGAAAAUGACACUUUCGGGUUAACAGAUAAUUAACUAUCUUUAACCCCAAUAAAAUAGCUAGUUAAGAGAAAGAAAUCAAAGAAAAAAAGUGGAAGAAAUUAAAAUGAGAAAAAGAGUUCUUAAUCUUUUAUAAUCUCAACACCUAAAAUAACUCCCGCUAUUCAUAGUAAAUAUAAUUACAACAUAUCUCCUAAAAAUUUAAAUUAAGUCGCUAACAAUGAAAUCAAAUUGUGA